GCAAUUGUCUUCAACAUUACCUAACAUCCAACAGCUUCUAUUUUUGCUCUCUCUCUCUCUCUCUCUCUCUCUCUCUCUCUCUCUAAAAUACCAGAAACAUAGCUCCAUAACUUGUCUUCAACACUGGUUCUCUUGCCACACUUUCUGACCCAUAUAAAUUCCUUCCCAUUUGUCCCCUUGAGUUAACAUCAGUUUUCUGCUCGAUCUUUAAGUAUUUUACAUUUCACAUACACCUUUAAUAUUACCAAUUCACACACCUAGCUAUGUCUAGCCGAAGGUCAAGAUCUAGGCAAUCAGGUGGCUCAAGAAUCUCCGACGAUCAGAUUAAUGAUCUUGUUUCCAAGUUGCAACAGCUUCUUCCUGAGAUUCGCAAUAGUAGACGUUCUGACAAGGUUUCAGCAUCCACAGUGCUACAAGAAACGUGCAACUACAUUAGAAACUUGCACAGAGAGGUGGACGAUCUAAGUGAGCGGCUGUCCGAGUUAUUGGCAACAACUGACACUGCCCAAGCUGCUGUAAUCAGGAGCUUACUUUUGCAGUAGAAGGAAUUGAUUAAGGGCACUAUGAUUAAUUCACCAGUAGAGUAUCGUCGUCACCAGUUUAUGUAAUAGGCAUCGUUUUUCUUCUCUCAUCUGGUCCUUAGCUAUCGUUCUAGGGUUUUUGUUCAGAAGGUUUAUAAACUAUGAUGGUCUAGAGAAUCCUUUUGCUAAGUUAUAGUAAUGUGUUAUGGAGUUGAUAUAAUAAAUGGACUUGAUCAGUCUUCUUAUUUAGAGUCUCA